CACGUAUACGAGCGCGCGCGAGCUCACGCGGCGAAUUGCAAGUGCAGCCAUGAUGGACGGAAUGGAGGACAGCCAAGAUCUCUUGGCAGAGGACCAGGGAAAGACCAGGACCGAGUCUAAUGUUGACUUGAACACAGACACGUCUCUACUAGUCGACAUCUCGGAUGCACUGAGUGAGAGAGAUAAAGUUAAAUUCACCGUCCAUACUAAAACUACCUUACCUGAGUUUAGUGAAAGUGAAUUCUCUGUACAGAGGGAACAUGAAGAGUUCAUAUGGCUACAUACCAUGUAUGAGGAAAAUGAGGACUACGGAGGCAUCAUUAUUCCACCAGCUCCCCCAAGGCCAGACUUUGAUGCUUCGAGAGAAAAGCUACAAAAGCUGGGGGAAGGAGAGGGUACGAUGACCAAAGAAGAAUUCAACAAGAUGAAACAAGAACUAGAAGCGGAAUACCUUGCAACGUUCAAGAAGACGGUCGCCAUGCACGAGGUAUUUCUUCAACGCCUAGCUGCCCACGCUACCCUUAGAAAUGACCAUAACUUCAGAGUCUUCCUGGAAUACAAGCAAGAUUUAAAUGUACGUGGGAAGAACAAGAAGGAGAGGCUGAGUGGGCUCAUGAAGUUUGUCACCAAGUCAGUGGAUGAAGUUUUAGUUUCAGGACAAAAGGAUGUAGAUUCAUUCUUUGAACAUGAGAAGAACUUCCUGGUUGAGUACCAUAACAAGGUGAAAGACUCGACUACCAAGUCAGAUAGGAUGACAAGGUCACACAAAGAUGUAGCAGAUACAUACAUCAAAAUAUCAGGGGGAUUGCUUGGACUUGGAACAAUAGACAAGACAGAGUUAGACAAAUUCUUCAUCAAAAUAGCAGAGACAUUUGAAAAGUUGAGAAAACUUGAAGCCCGUGUUGCCUCUGAUGAAGAUCUAAAGCAGUCAGACCUCCUACGAUAUUAUAUGAGGGAUUCAUCAGCAGCAAAGGAUCUUCUGUACAGGCGCAUGAGAGCGCUUGUCAACUACCAAAAUGCCAACAAGGCACUCGAGAAGGCCCGUAUGAAGAACAAGGAUGUUCAUGCAGCCGAAAGGAACCAGACGGAAGCAUGUGAAAAGUUUGAGAAGAUGUCCGAAGUGGCCAAGACGGAGCUGACAGACUUCAAAGCAAGGAGGGUGAUAGCCUACAGGAAGAACCUUACAGAACUAGCAGAAUUAGAACUCAAACAUGCCAAGGCACAAGUACAACUGCUGCGAAACACCUUAGCAUCAUUGAAAGAAGACAUGCCUUGAGGUUAACCCGCUGGUAAUAAAAAUCAAAUAUGCCCUAUUGAUAUAUAUAUAUAUAUACUCUAUUCUUUUGAAGAUAUAUUAUUUUAUAAAAUGUAAUCGAUCACCAACUGGCAUAUUGAUUUGCAAGAGUACCAUGUCAGUGACACAAUGAACACCUCGGAAUGCCUUUUAGCUUGUAAGCUCUCUUUGUAUAUAGAAUGACAAUGAAAUUAUUGAAGGAUAAGAAUCGUAUUGGAGCUGUUGCAAAUUGACUCACCCUCACUGACAUUUUGUUAUAAACUACUGAAAUCCUUGAAUAUGAUUGGCUCAGAGCAAACUCGUCAGUUCAAAGCACCAUCUAUUUCUUUCAUGUAAUGCUCCUCUUGCAUCAUUCACUAUUUAUGAAUUAUAGAAAGCAAAAUCAUGUUACUAUGGCCACAAGAAAGCUUAAUAUAUUAGUCUUACAUAUUAAGAAUAUAUGAUAGUAAUGAAGUUAGUGUUUAAGGUGAACACUGACCAGCCAUAUUUAGUGUUUAUUUUGAUAUUGGAUUUAAAAAAUACACAAUACUUGUGUUGAUGGCAUUCAGAACUUUUUCCAGAUAUCACCUUUAUUCCCUAACUGAAGCUACCUGCCCAAAUGUGUCAAUACUGUAUUCCCUCUUCUAAAAUAUAUCAGUUUUCAAGACCGCCCAUUACGUAGAUAUAACAAGAAUCAGCUGUAUAAAAGUUCAUACUUUUGUAAGAGAAUGCAUAUUCACUUGGAUGUGAAUUUGAGGGAUUGUAGGAGUGAUUUGGGGUUUCACGUUGACUAGGUUUAUUAAUACCAAAGAUAGUUGCUGUGAAGUAUCUUCUAAGUUGCAGCCCCUUGUCCCCCCUGUCUGUCAAAUGCGGCAAAGCAACGGAAAGUUGUUUGAUUUUUCGUUAAAGGCAGGGCAGUUCAACCAAGAUUUGAUUCAAUAUGGAUGUGAUAUUUGAGAGUUAUACCUUGCUAUCUUGUUUCCAAGCAAUUGUGUUUCUUUGCUAUAUUUUGUAUAACUUCAUCAAUGUCAAAAGAUUUUAUCUUUGGUCGUUCAGGUGAAAGAGAGAGCUUAUGAUUUAAUCAUUUAUUUGUGUUGACAAUAGUUGUUUGCAUAUUAAUGAUUUGAAUUUAAUUCAGUUUUUGUUUGACAAAACGUUCAAAAUUUAUGAAAGACCGCCAUAUUUGUAGAAGUGUAGAUCAUACAAUGACGUAAUUUGUUUUGAUAUUUACCACAUAUAUUGACAUUAUUCAACUUAUUAUUUUAUAUGAAAUAUCUUUCCAUCACUUGUCAUGUGAGGUUUUAAAGUACUUCAAUCAAACAGACCAUCAAACAUUUACAGAAAUGGGAACAAUUCAUUCUUUUUUUAUAAUUUCUGUAAAUGUAUAAGCAAGGAUAAGUUUAUAAUUCAAUAUUUUAAGCUGUAUUUAUAUUGAAGAUGGUGUGCAUCGUGUAUUUGGUGUCAAAAUCCUUGAAAGAAUUUAAUUUGUUCUUUUAAUGGAAAGUUGCUUUUCAAACUAUAUUUCAUCUUUUUUUUGUCUUGUAGCAUAUUUUCAGCGUAAUUGUCUAUUUUGAUAUUUUUGAUACCCGACAAUAAUACAAAUGAUUAUUGAGGAGUCGAAAGUGUACCAUUUUGUUUGUUAAAUUAUUGUGUUCAGGAUGUGUUGAAAUGAUAGUUAUUUGAUUUUUUUGUACUGUAUGAUUGAAAAUUACUUAAUAGUAUUAUUUGAUUGUCAUUUGAGUAUGUGAAAUGUUUGUCUGCACGUUAAAACCCUGUGGUUCAUUCUUAUUACUUCCCCUAUAAUUACAUUCCAUAAUGGUAAGAGAAAGGGAUUUUGAUGUGUGAACAUAAGUUUGAAGUAAAAGUAGUCUUAUGAAACCCAAACCCAGCUACCAUCUUUAAACUUCAUUAACUUGUUUUUGUGUUAGAUAUUACCCAAAGCAUUGGGUAUGAAUUUUUUUUAGACUUAUCUUGAAAUAUAUCUGUUGUACUUUUGUCUCUGUUGUAGUUAUGUCUGUUUUAAAAAUUUACCUGGAACCAAUAUUUACAGUUUGGUUUAUGUCUUUCAGCACAAUGCACCAAACACAUUUAGUAGGUAGGGUUAAAUCACUAAAAGCUUAUUUUAUGCUUAGCAGUUUUCAUAAUAAUUUACAACUCCAUAAUAUAGCUAUUUUCAUAGGAGAGAAAUAUGAAAAAUAAUAGAAUAGAAAUCACUUCUCUUUGAGUCAAGGUUACUAGAAACAGCAGCUUAAGCAAAUGUUUUCAUUUUUUGAGCAUGUGAUGGUAAAUUUCUCAAUAUCUGGUAACGUUACUUCUUGCAAGCUCAUAUUCUAUCACUCAAAAACUGAGCUCUUGUUCAAAUUGAAAAUAUCACGAAGCUCUACAGCAGUGCUUCUCAACCAAGCCACGGGCCGACUGGUUGGCCGCAAAGCUCUCUCAGGUGGGCAGCGAGAAGCUCUAGAGGGAAAAAAAAUAGAGGAAAAACUAAGGUAUAUUUCACAUGUACUAUUUCAUGACCAAAAAUAUUGUUUGAUCGGUCUACGUGGGUCAAACAAAGCUAAAGCACGCUUAGGUAUCAUGCAUGUUGCAAUAUACAUGCACAUUGUAUGAUGAUUUCAAUUGAACUUUGUUUGAUGUGAACCUCAGGCCACAUGUGCAUGCAAAUUGUAGUUGAUAUUGUCGCCCGGACCUUUGCGCUAGCAGUAGUUCUCAAACUGUUUCUAAUGUGCUUCGGAGCUUCAUGUUCAAAUUUCAUGAAACACACUUUCAUAAAAAUGGGCCAUGUUUUAAAGCGAAAGGGUAAGGGAGGAAUCAAAUCUAUUGUUGAAAAGUCUAAGAAGGUAAAUGUAAGAAAAUAUUACCCUGAAUACAUUAUAUUUGAAUUCAUCACGACUGGCUGUGAUGCAAAACCAAAAGCAAUGUGUGUCGAAUGUGCUGAAGUUAUAUUGUCAAAAUGUUAAACCGUCAACGCUUUAGAGACACCUAAACACAAAACAUCAGAAUAGUGCAGGAAAGCCAAAAGAGUAUUUCAAGAGGAAAAGGCUGGAUUGAAUUCACAGCGGAAGAUCUUAAAGUUACGCACUAAUAUGAUCAUUAUCAUUGUUUAUCUUUGAGUCGAGACAAGUAGUCAUAUCGCUUCCUCAAAAUUUUGGUUGGUGGGCCUCGAAAAAAUCUGAGUCAAAGUGGUCCUCGAGUAAAAAAAGGUUGAGAAGCACUGCUCUACAGUGUAUCUUAUCUUGGAAAAUUUAUUUUUUUAAAUAUGUAUCUUUUAGAGGUUAUUGCAGAUUUGUCAAAAUUCUAGAUAGUUAAAAAAGGGAAUCACUUUAUGAUUCAUAUGGGAGAGAUAUAUGAAAAUUUUACAUUUUUUUACUUAAUGUUUUGGGCAAAAUAAGGACAGUAAAAUUUCAGUAUUGUCGUCAAUAGCAGUUUGAAAAUGACAUUGUUGAUUUGUUAGAACUCUAACAUAUAUCUACACUGUAUACAAAACAGGCAUUUAAUAAUUGUAAGUAUAUUUAAAAUUCAUGUAGAAAAUGUUAAGAGUUCAUAUGUAGUCGUCGUAUGUGCCAUUUCAUCUAUACUGUCAAUCUUACAUACAAAAAAAGUGAAGGGGGGAGGGGUAGAAUGAGGGCAAGAUCAGAUCACAAAUAUUGUUAGUGAUUUUGAGAUGUUGGUUUUUCCUAUUACCAGCAGUUUGCACUACAACAUCCAAUGUUUGCAUAUAGUGCAUAUGAUCUUGGGUGGUAUCUUGAAAUUAUUUCAUCUGGGUCUCGUAACACAAAGGUUAGCGAUCGAUUGUACACUUUACUUUGAUGAUUGAUUGUAUGUUGUGGUCAGUGCAAUCAAUCGUGAAGAUAUUCUUCUACGAUGAUUGCUAUUGCUUUGUGUUACAUACCCCCUGGUUAGUCAGGAGAAAAUUAUAGAUUGCAAUUUCAAUUUGAUACUUAAUUAGCUGUAAGAAUGAACUGUAUUUAGCACAUGCUCUCAUUUAGUCUAACUUGUAGUGAUAUUGAUUGGGUGUAACAGGUAAUAUCUGAUAGUUUAGAAACAAAGACACAACUAAUUUCAGAAUACCACCCCAUCUUCCAUAACUAUUGUACAAUGAUACUCAUUGUUGGUACUGUGCUUUUGUGACUCUGUGCACAUUGAAAUUAAAUCUCAAACUAUUUUGAUUGUUCAAUGUUUGUCCUUAUUGUAUAUGCAGCAAUGUUGCAAGGUCAGUGUUAAUGUGUCAUGCUGAUCAAGAUUACGUAAAAUAAAAGAUAUGAAAACACUAUGUACAUCAUAAA